GACUGGAUCUGGCACACCGACCUGGACUUUCUCGUCACGCAUCGCGACCGCAUGGUCGUGCUCAGCUUCAUCGCCAACAGCACCGCCGGCACCGCUCCCUUGCGGUCAGUACCACCAACUGCUGUCGGCUUAACCGAGAAACCGACAGCCGCGCAAUUCGUGAGCGGGCCAGCGAUGACGCACAUGGUUGUCAAGACGCUCAAGGACAUCGUCGGACAUGACAAUCAUACCGAUUGGGAGAACAGUAGUAAGGAUAUCGAAACAGGAUUUGGGAGCCCCGUAAGCAUCGAAUACUUGAACUUAGCUCUAGCUCUAGUCAUCUAUUCAGUGAGGUAUCCAGCGAUCUUCUGGGCUACGAACAAAUGUCUAGGGCUCAUCUUCUCAUUUCAGCUGCUUAUCAACGGCCUCCAUACCUUAGUCUCAUUUGCUGGAAUGUCAAUUUUAUACAAGGUGCAUGUUGUGGGACCUUCCAAGGCUCUACCACUAUUAUCCCAUAACGUACGAAUCUACAGCUUCGCAGGAGACUCGCCUUUCCUGCUAAAUCCCGAAGUUACUUUCGCGAUGUACAUUCUGUCUACGUUGCUUGUACUAGCGUCCAGCAUCGUCCUGUAUUUCUACGGUCAUACCCGUUUCAACGCCUUCCUGAACCACCAACGAGAAAGCAAGGUGAUCACCCUAAAAGAUGGCGCUGGGAGCAGUCAACUGUGGAGCUACUUCACUCAUUGCGCGGCUCUGUGCGUUCUUCUGUCAAUCGGCGUUUGCAACGCCCCCUUGAUUCACGACUACACGGUAGUAUAUAAGGGCAGUUUGGAUGACGUCACGCUCGUGUGCAUCAUCGGAGGCAUCUUGCAUUUGUUUUUCUGGAUCGUCAUCUGGCUGUUCCUGACCGUCAAACAGAAGUGGGUCUUCAAAGUUAGGAUCACGAUUGGUCACGCAACAGUCCGUGAGUCUCGCUCUCUCCGUCUGGUGCACGACGUCCAUCUGAACUCCCACAGAACUUCUCCUUCCGAAGAGCCAGGUACCCAACCGUUGCUCGUAGUAGGAAACGGUCGCACCUACACGGUGAGUGACACUUCACCUAAAAGAGCUAUUAUGGGGGUGCUCCAUAAGCAGGCCAUGGUGAGGAAGAGCAAGAGUGGAGGAUCUGUCACCGAGAUAGAGGAGGAAGAGGAGCAGAUCUACUGGCUGAGGCCGGCUCUGGCAGCCAACCAACAGUCUCCAGACGGCAGCGGAUACUUCUGCUGGUUCAAAAAACGGCCCAAGCACAAGGUCACCUUUGACGAUAGCACCAGCACAUCUGUUAAUCGGUAAUAUAUCACACUAUCAGUGUCUGUAUACAUUAAUGUGUUAGAGACAUGUUAUACGCAUGUCAAAUGAAUGGUUGCUAUGGACCUGACGUUUGGAUAGCGAAUACGAUGACGCUGAGGCUCCUAAUUCACAAUGCAAAAACUCACAUAUCAUAGCUAUUCACAAGGGUAGAGAUUUGAAUUAUUCGGAGCAGUAAAUUUUGGCUUACUGAUUUAUCACGCGAUAUCAUGCGUAUAACAUGUCACUUAGAUUGUAGGCGUAGUUGAAUGCAUUUUGUUUUCUGUGUGAUAUAAUCGGUGCUGUGGAGGCUAAUUUCGUACAUUAUUUGACUAGAUACAAAGGGUACUGUAAAAGUUUUGUAAUACAGCUGUGACUGCCUUCU